AUGGCUGGUCCUAAGAAGGUUUCUAGCAGUAAAUCCUCCAAGGAUGCUCAAUCCGGAGAAGUUUUCAAUGACUUCAAAGAGGCCAUCAAUUCCUCUAUGAAGGCUUAUACAACGCAGGUAGAAGGCAACAACAAGUUGAAGUUGAUAGAUAUCUUCUGUGUGUUUUUGGUGCUGGUCGGUGGUAUACAAUUCCUGUUUGCUCUACUGGUUAGAGACAGUUUCCCAUUCAAUGCUUUCCUUGCUGGUUUCAUCAUGUGUGUUGGUCAAUUCGUCUUGCUGAUCUCCUUGAGACUGCAGAUUUUGAACCAAAUUGAGUUCCCAGGUAUCUCGAGCAACAGAGCGUUUGCUGAGUUCAUCAUUGCAAGUUUGACAUUGCACUUCAUCUGUCUACAUUUCAUAAAUUGA